GAAACCUACUGCUCAUUAAAUCGUUGCUAUGGGCAACUGUGUGAGUCAAACAGGUCAGAGAGAAUUUUUGAAAAAUUUCCAAAAUGCAGCAAGUAGAGGAGGUGAAGUAAGAAUUGGAGAAGCUUUUAUGAGUGAUGACCCAGAAGCUUUUCAAGUAUUCGUUAAAAAAAGAAACAAAUUUAUUCCAGGAACAUUAAAAGUGACCGAAAAUGAGAUUGUUUUUAUUCGUUCACGAUGCGAAACGCUAAAUUGGCCUCUACAUUUUUUACGUCGUUAUGGUUUUACGUCGGCUGGAAUUUUCUUUUUCGAAAGUGGGCGAAGAUGUAGUAGCGGCGAAGGCCUUCAUACGUUUCAAUCACAUCAAGCUGAAGCUAUUUUUCAGCUCGUACAAUCUCGCAUCCAAGAUAAUGCAAAUAUGGGUAUAGCAAUACGUGAAGCUCGUGCGCAAUCGGUUACGGGAAGUUAUCACAGUGUUCACAAUAUUCCUUCCAGCUAUGCUGGUACACGCAUUCAACCAAUACAACGAUAUUCUAGUGAAGGAACAGCAAAUGUCAGUGAUUGCUCAUCUUCAUCAUGUGGUAUCACCAAUUAUCAUCGACCACUCAACCGAUUUAAUCAGCAUCGGCAGCUCCUUUUCCAAAUACCGAAACGACCUCGAAGUAUUGCCGGACCCGCACAUACGGCUGUUUGGCCUCUACCACCACCAUCUUAUUAUUCGCCCCGAUCAUGUCUCAAUCGGCCAGCCUUUAUGGGAAACGUUGUGAGUGAGCAUGUACUUCAGCGACAGCCAUCCGAAUUGAGUACCUGUAAUCAUUCCUAUGUUAAUGUUCUUCCCCAGCGUCGUUCUGCCACUUCAUCACCACAAUGUUUGUCACCGGUUUUGAGGGAAUUUGCCUCCACCAAUCAUUUCACUUUUGGUUCAACGGAACAAAAUCUUGGCAUGGCAGACUUUGGCUCACAGCGAUUCAAUACUCCUACCGCCGGGCUAUCAUAUCGCAAUCCACCUUGUGGAUUUUUAUGCCCUUGCGAUAGAUCACCUCUUAAUUCUUAUGUUAAUGCUCGACAGGAUUCAGGAGUAAGUGAUCGUGAAACAACACCUCCGCAGCUUGAUUACGCAUUAGUAGCGGUAGGAAUAACUGAGGAAGGUUCACCUACAGCUGUCAGGGCCAAUCAAUACAAUACACGUAAUGAUUUAGCAUCUAUCGGCUUGGCAUCCAAUAUAAAUUACACAAAAAUAGAUCUGGAAAAGACUCGCGCUGUGGAAGUGGCAGCAAGUACGGUGGAAAAAGAAAAUCCACGCCGACGGCAUUUUACGACAAGUGGGCAAUUGGACAAUUGAUCUGUACGCAUUACCGGUUGAAAUAGUCGAUGAUUAACUUCACAUCCUAAUUUAUAGUGAUGUUUUCA